CGGCUGUCGUUCCCAGCUGGCCAUCGCAUCCGGACAUCCACAAGGCUAGAUUGCAACGCUGACAAGUUAAAUAGUCUAUGCAGGUCGCUGACCCGACCGUCGACGCGUGAGAUACCGGCGUUCGUGUUCCGUGCCCUGCUUCGUCCGUAGGGUUGGCCCCGGAAGAAGGCUUUUCUCCCUCCACCGUAGAAAAUUUUGAUCGGUAUCAUCCCCCCUAAUUAAUGCAUAUGUAAUUGCAAACGCAGAAAAAGUUUGGUUCUUGGAAGGGAGGAAAUCUGAUUUGACUUGGAGAAUCUACUUCGAGUGUUCCUUCUUUGGUUUCUUGAAUCAAGAUUUGAUAUUUUUCUGGUGUAAAAGAGGCACGGGAGGCCUUUAGAUUGCGUUCCGGGCGCAUCUACCGGGAAGUCGGGAGAAAAGAUCCGAGCUUUGGUGAGGACUUUGCGAUCUUGAUUUGGUCGGGAGGCGAUGGGUGAGCUGCGAGGGAGGCUGGGCACGUUGUUGCACAACAGAUGGCUCGUGUUCGUGGCCGCAAUGUGGGUGCAGGCCGUCGCAGGGAUCGGGUACCUCUUUGGCAGCCUGUCGCCGGUCAUCAAGAGCUCCCUGGGCUACAACCAGCGCCAGAUCGCGAGGCUCGGCGUCGCCAAGGAUCUGGGCGACAGCAUCGGCUUCCUCGCCGGGAGCCUCUGCGAGAUCCUCCCGCUCUGGGCGGCGCUGCUAAUCGGGGUGUUGCAGAACUUCGUGGGAUACGGCUGGGUUUGGCUCAUCGUGACCGGAAGAGCCCCCGUGUUGCCACUGUGGGCGAUGUGCAUUCUCAUAUUUGUGGGGACAAAUGGAGAGACGUACUUCAACACAGCUGCGCUGGUUUCGUGCGUACAAAACUUUCCUAAGAGCAGGGGCCCUAUAGUGGGCAUAUUGAAAGGCUUUGCUGGUCUCAGUGGUGCAAUCUUGACGCAGAUCUUUGCGAUGAUACAUACACCCGAUCAUGCCGCUUUGAUCUUCAUGGUUGCGGUUGGACCAUCGAUGGUGGUCAUCUCCUUGAUGUUUAUUGUCAGGCCCGUCGGUGGCCACAGGCAAGUGAGACCUUCGGAUCAAUCUAGUUUCAUGUUCGUCUACAGCAUUUGCUUGCUCCUUGCUGCUUACUUGAUGGGUGUCAUGCUGCUGGAAGACCUGGUUGACCUCAGCCGCGCCGUGAUCAUCGUGUUCACGGUGGUGCUGCUCUUUCUCUUGAUAGUUCCUGUUGUCAUUCCUUUGCUGCUGACCUUCCAUUUCGAUGUCGUCUCUCCUGUUCAAGAGUUUCUGUUGCCUGAACCUUCAAAUGGAGAGUCAAGCAAAUCUGCAGAACAAAAUGAGGUCAUUUUCAGUGAGGUUGAGGAUGAAAAGCCCAAGGAUGUCGACCUGCUUCCUGCAUCAGAAAGGCAGAAGCGGAUCGCUCACUUGCAAGCAAAGCUGUUCCAAGCUGCUGCUGAUGGAGCAGUCAGGGUGAAGAAGAAGAGAGGCCCUCACAGAGGAGAAGACUUCACCUUGAUGCAGGCACUGAUAAAGGCAGACUUUUGGCUCAUGUUUGUCUCUCUUCUCCUGGGAUCAGGCUCUGGGUUGACGGUCAUUGACAAUCUUGGUCAGAUGAGCGAGUCUUUGGGUUAUGACGAGGCUCAUAUUUUUGUCUCCAUGAUCAGCAUUUGGAACUUUCUUGGUCGAGUAGGUGGAGGCUAUUUAUCUGAGGUUAUCGUGAGGGACCAUGCAUAUCCAAGGCAUGUGGCUUUGGCUUGUUUCCAGAUUGUAAUGGCAAUAGGACACUUAUUCUUUGCCAUGGCUUGGCCUGGAACAAUGUACAUCGGAACCUUGCUGAUUGGACUCGGAUAUGGAGCUCACUGGGCUAUAGUCCCCGCUGCUGCAUCGGAGCUGUUUGGCUUGAAGAACUUUGGAGCUCUGUACAAUUUUCUUACGGUGGCUAAUCCUGCUGGUUCAUUAAUCUUCUCCGGCCUCAUUGCCAGUGUAAUUUACGACCACGAAGCAGAGAAACAAGCUCACGGAAUCCGCAGCUCAUUGCUGCGAGUUCGUAGACUGUUGGAAGGUGCUCUACUCGAUGUGGAGGAACCAUUGAAAUGCAAAGGGUCCAUCUGUUUCUUCUUCAGUUCACUGAUCAUGUCAGGACUCUGUGUCAUCGCAGUUAUCUUGAGCCUCAUUCUUGUUUACAGGACUAGAAUCGUCUACCUCAACCUUUACGGGCGCGCUCGCACAUAGUCUUCUGCAUCAAAAUUUGCCAUCUAUCUCAAGCUCUUUUAAUGUUGGGUAUUUGGUUAGCCAUUGAAACAGAGAUGCUUUCCUCCUUGUGAUAAGUGCAAUAAGAGUUGGCUGCAGGUUCUCCCAGAAGAGAGAUCGAUGCAGGCCAGAACUGUGCUUCUUCUUCCUUUUUCUUCUGGAAAGUAUCAGCUUGAGUAUUGUGCUAUGUAAUAUAUUUAUUAUGAUGCAUCAAUUGACAUUUUGGUAUAGAACUUUGAUUCUAAGCAUCUAUGACUUGUUAUCA